AAUUGCGCUUGCGUGUCAUGAGAAGGGGGACUUCCGUUUCGGUAAUACUUGUCAAUGCGUUAACGUAAACAAUGAAAAUACUCUUCUAUUUCGUGACUUUAAUAGUUCUUGUGAACACCAAAGAGAAAUUGAGUGGAUUAGAACAAUAUUUUCAAGAUCCUAGGUUUUGGCAGUUUGUGGAAAAACGUCUAGAUUCCAAAAAUGAAGUGAAGUCGAAGGUCUCCGAUGUCCCUGAUGAAUCUCCGUCGAAACCAAAAGAUCAAUAUGACCCAAUAAACACUCAUUCUGAGGGUGACAAUUCAGAGGAAAAUGUGCAGUCUGAUAAACAUCAAGCUGACCUGAUGGAAGACACAUUGGGGAAUCUUUGUCAAUACAGACCGAACGCUAGUUUGAUAAUCCGUUCCAAAGCAUCCAUCAACAAUGGUGCUUUUUUUCUUAAGUCGUUCAACAAGAAAACUCGUGAAGAAUGUGUUAAUGCUUGCUGUUACACACAAGGGUGUAAUUUAAUCGUGUAUGAAAAUAAGGCUGAGCACAACUGUUACCUUUUUAACUGUGGAACACCAAGUAAAUGUCUGUUUGCAGAACAUGCCAAUUACACUUCAAUGUUUUUCCCUAACCACGCGGCACCCAGUUCAUCUUCAACAGGACAUCAACAACAACAUGAAAAUGAAUUGGAGGGUCUCAAUUCAAAAGAGACUCCCAAGCCAACUACCAAUGCUCCUAGAAAAAAUGUUCCUUUGUAUGGGAGAUGUGACAUUGACUGGAAUGAGGAAUGUAGCGAUAGAAAUGCUGAAUGCAGAGAUGGCAUUUGCAAGUGUUCUUACGGAUAUCAUGCUAAAUAUGGAAUAUGCAGAGUUGACUGUCCCGAUUCUGCAUUUGAGUGUGAAAACAAAGGCCAAGGGUUCAAUGUCCCAGAAUGCAUCUCUAAAGACCAUGUAUGUGACGGACAGCCACAGUGUGCGGAUGGUUCCGAUGAGGAGACAUGUGCCCCUCCUCCCUCAGCAAUGACAACAACCACAACCACAACAACGACUACGACUACAGCCAAACCUACAACAUUGAAAGCUGUUCAGCAGAUCCUCAGCAGACAAGGUGUGAAUGACCAGGUCCUACCCCAAUACUUCCCUAGUAAUGUGAACAGGUUACCGGUAGGAUCAGAUACGAGUAUGUACAAUGGAAAUGCAUACUACUGGCCAUCUGGAUACAACCCCUUGUAUGGAACACAAAAUGUUCCUCAAAACUAUGGAAGGUUCCAGCCUGGUGGAGUUCAAUAUCCAUAUGAUCCAAGGUUUUACAAUUCCUAUGAUAGCAAUGGUAGACUAAUAGGUACAAACAAUGGAUACAUAAAUCCAGUGCAAGACUAUUAUGGCAAGUCAGCCACUGGAAGUAAAAGUCAUGCUCCUAGUUCCCAGGCUGAUUUAGGAACAGGGAAUCCAAAAGGUUCCAAACCUUAUUCUGGAGAGAGAUACUUUAACAGGAAAGUUGCACCUGUUCCGCAAGGAAGAGACGGAGCACCAGUUUUGAGUAAACAAGUAGCUUCAGGCCAAGAUCAUAUAUUGAAAUCGACUAGUAUGCCAACAACAGUUCAUUCCACCCUGCAGUCAGUUUCCACUAAAGGUAGCUCUAACAAGUGGAAAAGUCAAAAUCAACAAACAGAUUGGACCCAACCAGACCAGACUGGAUGGAAGAGCAGUUCUAUCAAAAAUUCAAAGAAUCAUUUCCGGAAUGAUGUUCCAAGCUGGAAAAUUGAUGAUAAAACACAGGAUCUGGCCCCAGACAGUCAAAAUGAAUGGGAGAAGACUCCAAACUCAGCACAUGAUAAAAUGGAUCAAAAAAAUAACAAACUAGAACCAAAUGAAUCAGAACAACAAACAUCUUCAGAUUCCAUGAGUUCUCCACAUUCUGAUAAGAACUUGCAACCAGAAACUGGAAAUCAGGAGGUGCCUGUGCCACACCGCGAUGCUGCUCCUGAGAGGACUUGGAAACAACAUACAGAAUCUAACAUGGGCAAUCCCAACCUUGGCAGUGAGACAAAUAUGCAGAAAAAUGCAGAGGAUGCUGGAAAAGGCAGAAUAAAUGAAGAUUCUCAUGUUCAGGGGAAUACAGAUAGUGCUGAAUCUCAAGGAAGGAAAGGUCCCAUAAAUCAAGAUGGUGGACAGUCAGGGAAAUUAAAUGAACUGCAAGGAUGGACAGAGAGUACCAAUAGGGGUAAUGGACAGACAGGUACUAAUCACAAACAACAGAAUAGCAUGGCAAGUGGAAUUCAAAGCCAGGGAAGAAGCAGGGGAAGGUCCAAGGGUAGAAUAAGUGGUGCCUACCACAGGAAACAAGGGAUCAAGGAUCGAAAUCAAAUGGCAGAUAAAUCAAGUAAGCUUCACAAACAGAAGCAGAAGGAGGUACAGCAGAACACAGGCUAUGACAAUUAUCUCAACAAGAAUCCCCUGGGAGACCAGCGCAAGACAUCGAGCCACAGAAGGCCGUUACAUAGGUACGACGGAUCUCGCUACCCAUUCUACGACAGUCCCUACUCCUACUGGAAUUACGACUAUUAUAACUAUGACGAUAAUCCUAACAAGAAGUACCCUUCUUCCAACAACCAAGAGGAUACAGAUUACAAAGACUCUAUGGUGGAUGAGGAAGGAAAGAAUGUUCCAUAUGAUACUACUCCAAAGCCCACACAAAGACCUUCACCAAGACCUAGACCAACAACGCCGGCAAAAACAACCCUGGCACCCGACAGUAGCGCUAAUAAAGACAAAGAUCCAGACCAGAAGACAAGCAUCAAGGAGAAAGACCCUGAUCUACAAACCGCAGACAAUAAGCCAGCACAGCCUAGUCCAAAGACAGACAAAACACUGACCCCCAGCAAAAACUCCACCGCCCAAAACGUUCCGGACAGCAGCGGAUUGGGAGGGGAGGUGGUGGAGAGUCAUGUGGUGGUGGAGAGCCCCACGGACAGCCAUCAGGGCCCCAUAGUGGCCCUGGGCCUCGGGCUCGGUAUCACUGUUAUACUCUUGUUUUUUGUGGGUUGUCGGUUGCGGAACGUUAAGAGGCGUAUCCGUAAAGGACGGGCCCUGCAUUCUAAUGAAGCAGAUUACCUGAUAAAUGGGAUGUAUCUGUAGGAGAAAGUGUACUGAGCACUCUAAUCUAGUGCUGUGUAAGGGUGUGUUUACUGCAUUUUAAACUGGGGUGGGUUACUGAUAAAAUUUGAUAUGGUUAGAAAGCAUAAAACUAUAUCUGGCCUAAUUUCAUUCCUUGUCCAUCCUUUUAGUCAUGGAUGUUCAAUCAUGUUUACCAGUAAAAUAGAUCAACAAGUAAACACUAAACCAGUUAAAUUUUCCCUUAUUGAAAAGUGUCUCUGGUUUUGUUACCUUGACAAUAGGGGACACUUACUUCAGGUUUUUUUCAUUUUUAAUAAAAAGAUAAAGUGGAAUUUGCAUUUUUUACUUACAUGUAAGAAAUUAAUUUUACACAUAUGAUAUUUGUAUUCUGCACAUGCAUGUAAGGCAUAAAUUCCACAAGCUCAAUACUAUUCCCACCAAAAGAAUAGGUUUGAUAAUGUAAUUCUGAAUCUCUGAUACUCCAGGUUGUACGUAUAACUACAUUUUAUGUGCAUUUUUGUUAUGACAAAUGAACAAGCCAAAUUGUUUGAUACUUUUCUACAAAUAUUAUUAUAAAUCUGAGAAAUCCACUAAAAAUUUUAAGCAAUAUUGUGAUGCAAUUGUUUUGUACCAGUGCAGUGAGUCUUGGCUUAUAUAUUAUGUAUUAUAAGUUUGUACUUUACUGUGCAUUACUUGUAUUGAUUAAAUUUUUCUUCCUGUGAUUUGAACAGAAAUCCAUAAGUUUGCCCUGGUUUUCUUACUUUGAUGUUCUUGUGCUGACAUUUAUUGUAAAAGUAUCUACCGUAGUAUAUAUAUCUUAAUUUUUUCCUUUGUAUUUUUUUUAUUUUGUGCAGACAAAAAAAAUGUGAUAACAUAAGGUUGUAUCUACGCAAGUGGAUAAAAAUCCUAUUAUUCUAAGUGUGUAGGUUAUGUACUUAGAAGUUUCGUCACAUUCUGUUACAUUUACAUUCCAUUCCUUAAAAUUGUUUGUUGUUUCAAAAUUUUAUUUAAGAGACUAUUUAUCUAGAGUUACACACUGUAAGUACAAUGUGUACUGUAUUGUCUAGAGUUACACACUGUAAGUACAAUGUGUACUGUAUUGUCUAGAGUUACACACUGUAAGUACAAUGUGUACUGUAUUGUCUAGAGUUACACACUGUAAGUACAAUGUGUACUGUAUUGUGGUGAAUCAAAACAGCCUGCCUCAUUUUUUUAUUAGAAUUUUUUUUUAUUUCAAGGAGAGUAGCUAUAACAUUUACAGGGGAGAUAACAAUAUCAAUUUCUAUAAGAAAUUUAUAUACAUAUACCUAUUUAAGUCUCAUGGGAUAAAACGAUUAGCUUUUUUGUGCAAUAAAAAGAUUAGAUAUCUGAUUGAGAUUUUAAAUUGUUAAACACUAACUGCAAUACUGUUGAUUGGUAUAGUGAUCUUCUCGUUCUUGGUUGUGUUUUUUUUACAGAGAGACAUUCCAGUCUAUUUACUUUUUGAGUGCAUUCAAUUACAUUUGUAUCAUUAUAAAAGUCAAUGUCUUUUAUUUAAUUUUCAAACCACUCAUCUGAAGUGAGGGAGUUUUAUUUGUAAUGCACUGUAAAAUGAAAUUGUAAUAAGACAGUACUAGUACCGGUACAUGUAAUUCUACGAACAUUCCAAUUACCUACUUGUUCUUAUCUUGUAAAUAAAUGAACAUUAAUACAGUCAAACUUCGUUGUCUCGAACUAGAUGGGAUUGUUUAAAAACUUUGAGAUAUCCGAGUAUUCGAGAUAUCGAGGGUAAAAUACUUAAAAAAUUAGUAAUUGGUAAUUGGGACUUACAAAUCACUUCGACAUAUCCAUUGUAUUUGAGAUAUUAGUGUUCAAGAUUUUGAAGUUCAACUGUAUUUAUCAUUUAGCACUCCCUCAAAAUGUUACCUCUAAUUUACAACAGGGUCUUUGGUUGUGGAAUUUAAGGAUCUGUAUUUUGUAAUGUUUCUGUCAUUUUUUUUUCUCUAUUGUUAGCAUGUAUUGUUAUUUGUACUUAUUAAAAGAUCUGGAUUUCUAAAA